AAUGAACUCCCUGCUGAUUCUCCUCCCUCCUAUCUCCAUUCUUCAACUCACACUCCUCUUGAUACUGAUUCACACACCUCUACCUUCAACCUCCAAUGAUUAUUACAGAGAUUGCAACAAUCUAUUUAGUUGUGGUGAUAUAAGAAACAUUGGUUUUCCUUUCUGGGGAAAAAAUCGCCCAAAUGGGUGUGGCCACCCUCUUUUGCAUCUCACCUGUGAAGAAAAUCCCAGCUACAUGAACCUCAAUGAUGUCAGGUACAAAGUUUUGGAGGCCAAACCUGAUGAAAAAAGUUUGAGAGUCACCAGAGUUGACUACUUGCAAGAACUCUGCCCUUCAAUAUUUGUCAACACAAGCCUUGACCCUAAGCUAUUUGUUUUGGAGUCUCAGUAUCAAAAUCUUACUCUCUUCUAUGACUGUGUUGUUCCAAAUGCUGUACCCUUUCCUUGUGUCCCAAAUUCGGGUUCUGGUCAACAUGUUUAUGCUCAGUUGGGGUCUUUUGAUUUUACCUCUAUGUUUUGUAAACAAAGUGUGGUUGUUCCUGUCCCUAAGGUGUUUGUUGAUAUUACUGAUGUCAACAAAACACUAAGUGCAAUCAGAAAUGGUUUUGUGGUGAAUUGGAUAGCAGGAAUUCAAGAAUGUGAAGAGUGCAGAAAAGCAGGAGGAGUGUGUGGCUAUGACUCAAUUAGACCAACCUGCUACUGCAGAGAAAGAGAUCAAACUUGUCCUGAAGAGCUUCCAUCUUCAGGAUCUUAUUCAUCACAGUGGAGCACAAGGCGUAAGAUCGUGAUAGGUGUAGCGGCAUCUUGUGUGGGAGGACUAAUCACUAUUAUUAGUAUAGCUAUUUAUAUUAGGAGGAAGUUUAAGAGUUUAUCUGGACAAACGAUGAUCUCCAGGAAAAGAAGUACAUUUGUUGAACACGAUGUGGAGGCUUUCAUGCAAAGCUAUGGUUCAUUGGCACCAAGGCGAUAUAGUUAUUCUGAAGUUAAAAGGAUCACAAACUCAUUUGUACAUAAGGUAGGACAAGGUGGAUAUGGUGUUGUGUACAAAGCAACAUUACCUGAUGGUCGUCUUGUUGCUGUAAAAGUGAUAAGCGAAUCAGAUGGGAGCGGAGAAGAUUUCAUAAAUGAAGUUUCUAGCAUCAGCAGAACUUCUCAUGUGAACAUUGUCUCACUAUUGGGAUUUUGCUAUGAUAGGAACAAAAGAGCAUUGAUCUAUGAAUUCAUGCCCAAUGGUUCAUUGGAUAAUUUCAUCAAUGGAAUGGGAUCUCCAAAUGCUAUUUCUUGUUUUGAUUGGAAUACUUUGUACGAAGUUGCAAUUGGGAUAGCUCGAGGGCUAGAGUACUUACAUCGAGGAUGCAAUACAAGGAUCUUACACCUUGAUAUUAAACCUCAAAACAUUCUCUUGGAUGAAGACCUUUGCCCAAAAAUAGCUGAUUUUGGAUUAGCUAAAAUAUGCAAAAGGAAGGAGAGCAUUGUGUCUAUGUUGGGAACACGAGGAACUCCCGGGUACAUUGCACCAGAAGUAUUUAGUCGAGCAUUUGGCGGUGUUUCUCACAAAUCUGAUGUGUAUAGCUAUGGCAUGUUGAUUCUUGAAAUGGUUGGAGGAAGGAAAAAUUAUGAUAGUGGUGGAGGGUCACAAAGCAGUGAAAUGUAUUUUCCAGAUUGGAUAUAUAAGGAUCUUGAGCAAGGUGAUGUUCACACUAAUUGUUUGGUCAUCACAGAGGAGGAACAUGAGAUGGCAAGGAAGAUGAUUUUGGUGAGUCUUUGGUGCAUCCAAACACGCUCAUCGGAGAGACCAUCAAUGAGUAAAGUGGUGGAGAUGUUAGAAGGAACACUUCAGUCAGUGCCAUAUCCUCCAAAGCCUAUCCUAUAUUCCCCUGAAAAGCUAUCAUUACAUAUUUCAGAUAUAUCUUCAGACAAUACUCUAGAGACAAAUUCAAUGUCAAUGCAAAAAGAUGGUUCCAUUGAAAUUGAAUUGAAUGAGUUAAGCAAGAAUGUACCAGGGUUAUAGUGAUGAAACUUCAACUUUGGUAUUUUUGUGUUGUUUAAUAAAUGAUUGGAGUAACGACUGGUACCUAUAUUGCAAUUGUUGUAUAGAAAGUGAAUUCUUAACAGCCCAUAAUUUAUUUGAAUUUCUGGAUGAUAAAAAUUAUGAUGGCUGCUAAAUUAA